AUGUAUCGAGGCCAGCAGAGGGCGGUAGAGGACCUCCGAACAACCCAGGGCCAUGUGUUUGAACUUGUGUGUCAUGUGGCCUUCAAUGAUAGCACUCUCACUGUGACCUGGAGAAGAGAAGACAAUCAAACUCUUGAUACAUCGACCGCAAGGAUUCAAAUUCGGGGAAAUUCCCUUUGGUUCUUACCAGCAACUUUGUCAGACAGUGGAUACUAUUUGUGUAGGAGUAGCGCGGACUCUGUGGAGACAAGAAUGUUCCUUUCCGUGGGAACCGGCCCAUGCCCUGCCGUUAGUGAGACAGCCGCCCUGACCAUGCCUACCGGCACCAACGUCUCUCUGUUUUGCAGUCAGGAUAUCGCUCGUACCUUGGGAGAGGUAGUGCAUAUGAGCUGGUGGAAGGAUUGUAGUCCCAUGAACUUACAAGGAAAGAUGCUCAGAUUACUGAACGUCUCAAAGACAGACACGGGAAACUACACCUGUCUGGUCAACUUCACGUACAACGGGAAGGAGUACACUUCUUCAUCGACCCAUGGGCUCGUCGUGAACGAUGGUGAAAAUAAUGCCACGUUUUCAUUUGAGUCUAAAAUCGAGGUGAGAGAGAAUGGUGAGAUCUACGGGAGAUCCAGCCUUUCCAUCACUGAGGUCAAGCCUGAGUUUUUUUACGACACCUUCUACUGUGUAGCUCAGAACUCGCUGGGCCGAGACGUUGGACACGUGAGGCUGAUCCAAGCGGGCCGCUGUAAGUUUCUCACCCCUCUGAUUGUCGGUCUACUCGUCCUGGCGUUGAUCGUCGCCGUCAUUGUUUUAAGCAGCGUUUUUAAAGUGGAUUUAGUGCUGGCUUGUCGAGACCUGCCCCCAGCAUGCACAGAAGCUGCCAGUCAAGAUGGGAAAGUCUACGAUGCCUACGUGACUUGUUUCCACGGCGACGGCCUGGCCCUCCCCAGGGUACAGGACUUUGCCCUUCGGGUCCUUCCCGAGGUGCUGGAGCAACAGCACGGGCUCAAGCUGUUCAUCAGAGGCCGUGAUGAGUCACAGGAAGGAGAGGAUCACGCAGUCACUGCUGAUGCUGUGGGGAAGAGCAGAAGGGUCAUACUCGUCUUUGCAGAAUGCGGUUCAGCCGGUCAGGAUGAAGAGAUCUCCAUUCCUCUCACUCAGAAUCAGGUCACGGCCGACAGGCUCCCGUGGGCGGAGAUCGGGAACGUCAUUGCUAGCGCAGGUGUAAAAGUGAUCCCUGUGCAGUACGAUCGGAAAGUUGACUAUUCCACUCUCCCAGACUCCGUUCAGACGAUUAUUAAAAGAGAGAGGGUGCUUAAAUGGGAUCCGAACAGCGAUUCCAACGCUAAAUUCUGGAAACACAUUAGAUAUCGCAUGCCCUGA